AUGUUGUGUGAGAAUUUAAAAAUGUCUGAGAAUUUUGUGGAGAAAUACCCAGAUAGAGUGUAAUUCUUAAUGAUAACUAGUCCUAUAUUGUUAUAGAUUAGUCUCAGAUCGAGGUUAAGAUUUUAAGAUUAAACAACCAUUAAAAAAUACUUAGUGAGCAAAUCUGAUCAUUUUUAUCAUUUUCUUUAAGUAAUUAGAGAAACCCUUCAUUUAUAAAAAUAAGAAAGCCUUUACUUAUUCAUUAAUAAUUCUGGUCUAAUCAAGGCAGGUAAAACAAUCUACUAUUCUAUUUUAGAAAGUUAAGUUGAUGAAAUCUACUAGAAAUUUAAAAGUUCAGACGGCUUUCUUAGAAUUAAUUUAACAGAGUAUCCUUCCUUUGGAAAUGAAUGA